AUGAUAAGACCAUGCACCAUAGUCUUGAAGCAGACAAUGGAGCUUCUUCCUUUAUUUGCAGCGAUACAAAGAACACCACGAGUUGCACUUACAUUAUCAUUUGUUCUAUUUACCCUCACAAUAGUCCCUGCCUUAUAUUCUCUCCUAGCCAAUCCAGCCUUACCUGUACUGAUCUCAUCAUCCGAGACUGAUGGCCCCUUUCCAUCGGAUCAUGUGCAUCUCAGUCCUCUGAAUUCUCCAUCUUUUCGGACUCUUUCACCUGUGAAUAGUCCCAUUCCUGCUCCACCAUAUCAUACAAGACAUCAGAAGUCUUCAUCCGGUAAGAUUCCUUCACCUAACAUUAGUCCAAUUCCGGUUCCACCUGAUCAUACUCUUUCGAGACAUCAGCAUUCUUCAUCCCAUCAGAGUUCCUCACCUGUCAACGGUCCCAUUCCCGCUCCACUCAAUUCAUCCCCAGUCACAACGUCAACAUUAAGGACGCAGAUCAGAGAUGAUGAGCAGAGGUGUGAUCUUUUCAAAGGGGAAUGGAUACCAAACGAAGAAUCACCAUACUAUAACAACGCGACUUGCUGGGCGAUACAGGAGCACCAGAACUGCAUGAAGUUCGGGAGACCGGACACCGGGUUCAUGAGAUGGAGGUGGAAGCCGGACGGCUGCGACCUCCCCAUCUUUGAUCCUAAUGAGUUUUUAGAAAUGGUUAGAGGCAAAUCCAUGGGGUUUGUUGGUGAUUCCAUUAGCAGAAACCAAGUCCAGUCUCUCUUGUGCCUUCUCUCUAGGGUGGAAUAUCCUGAAGACAUUUCUUCUUCACCAGAUAUAGCUUUCAAAGUAUGGAACUACACAUCCUAUAACUUCAUUCUACAUGUCAUGUGGUCACCGUAUCUAGUGAAGACUACUAAACCUGACCCUACAGACGCCAAGUCCAACUUCUUUAGUCUAUACCUCGACCAGUAUGACACCAAGUGGACGAGUCAGAUCAACCAGCUUGACUACCUGAUUAUAUCAUCAGGCCACUGGUUUUACCGGCCUCUUAUUUUCUACGAAAACGAAAAACUCUCCGGAUGCCAAUACUGUUCGUUACCAAACACAACUGAGUUGCCUUUUCACUAUGGAUACACGAAGGCUUUAAGAACAUCUCUAAGAGCUAUACUCGAGAAUUUCACUGGUUUGGCAAUUUUGAGGAGUUUUUCUCCUCAGCAUUUUGAAGGUGGGCCGUGGAACAAGGGAGGGGACUGUGCAAGGACACAACCAUACAGAAGAAACGAGACGAUACCCGAAGUUUCAGAUCUCAAGAUUCACGACAUUCAACUGGAGGAAUUUAGAGCUGCAGAAGAAGGGAUGAAGAAGAAGAUGGGUUUGAGACUGAGGCUGAUGAACACGACGCAAGCAAUGCUACUUCGACCAGAUGGGCAUCCUGGGAGAUAUGGCCAUCUCCAGACUGAAGAGGUGAGUUCAAGAAAUGAUUGUAUCCAUUGGUGCCUGCCUGGACCGAUUGAUACUUGGAACGAUAUUUUGCUGCAAAUGAUGAAGACAGAAAAAUAAAAACCAUCCCUCAAGAAUAGGUAGAUGAGACUUAUAUCUUAAAUCAACAAAAGAAAUUGCAAAGAAAGAUUUUUGUAGGAGUCUCAGUAUUUGUGUUUGUUAUGUAUUCACUAUUCAUAUGCAAACACGAAAAACCAUUUGCGAACAAUGAUCAUAUAUAUCCCCUACAAAUUUUAUACGGAGUAUUGGGUUCCUACUGAAAAUAAGCUAUCUAACAUAGCUUUUUGGGCUUUCUAUAUGUUGGAGACUUGACAGUUCUGACUGGUGAUAAACUAGUAACAUUGACAACAUGUCAGACUGAAGUAUCACGUGUGAGAACAUGAACAGACAGAGAAGCUUCUUGCUCAGGUUUCAAGUUUUCAUCAUCGUCUUCUAGCUCCUGCAACCCCAUAUUAUAUCAAGCAGUUCCAAAGGACCAACUUUCAAAUUCAAAGUACCAUUUUAUAUCUUAUAACUUACCUUCAACUUUGUAAGAAGAGAAUCUCUGCCUCAUGUCUCUUCUCUUCUAUCUUUAUCUCACAAGAUUGACAUCGCAUUCUCAUAUGCACUAUUCUCUUCUACCAGCGUCUGCUCUCUCAUUUGAGCCUCGUUUCAGAAA